AAGCCUAUAGGGUUUUAAGUUUGAACCUCUCUCGCUGACAGCAGAAGUUGGCAGAUUCGACGGCCGCGAGAGAGAGAGAGAGAGAUUGAAGGAGGAGACGCCUUAGCUCUCUGCAAAAAUGGGUAUCUCUCGUGACUCAAUGCACAAGAGGCGUGCCACUGGUGGCAAGCAGAAGGCAUGGAGGAAGAAGCGAAAGUAUGAGCUUGGUCGUCAACCUGCAAAUACUAAACUAUCAAGCAACAAAACAGUAAGAAGAAUUCGUGUGCGAGGAGGCAAUGUGAAAUGGAGGGCUCUGAGAUUGGACACAGGAAAUUAUUCUUGGGGUAGUGAAGCUGUUACUAGGAAGACACGUGUCCUGGAUGUUGUCUACAAUGCCUCGAAUAAUGAGCUUGUUCGGACACAAACUCUGGUGAAGAGUGCAAUUGUUCAGGUCGAUGCAGCCCCUUUCAAGCAGUGGUACCUCCAGCACUACGGUGUUGACAUUGGUAGGAAGAAGAAGGGGCCUGUCAAGAAGGAAGCUGCUGAGGAAGGAGAAACCGCGGCUGCUGAGGAGACUAAGAAGAGUAAUCAUGUUGUUAGGAAACUAGAGAAACGACAGAAGGAUCGUAAACUCGAUGCUCACCUUGAAGAGCAAUUUGGUGCUGGUAGGCUGAUGGCCUGCAUCUCUUCCCGACCUGGCCAAUGCGGGAGGGCUGAUGGUUACAUUUUGGAGGGCAAAGAACUCGAGUUCUACAUGAAAAAGAUCCAAAGAAAGAAGGGCAAGGGUGGAGCUGGUGCUGCUUAAUUCCACCUCACUAAAUUUUCACCAACUUUAUUUUCUUCUCAAAACUUUUUGUAAUUUGCCAUGAACUUUUAUUAGUUGAUAACUCUAUGAAGUUUUACUGGGCUUUGCUUUAUA